AUGGUGAACGAAAAGAGACUCAAAGCCAUCAUCGCAGGCUCAGGCCUCGCCGGCUUGUCCGCUGCACGCAUCCUCCGCGAGCACCACGACGUCACUGUAUACGAACGCGGCGGUCCCGACGCUGCGACUGGCGGCCAAGGCAUCAUGCUCGCGCCCAACGGCGUUAAGAUUCUCAACUCCAUGGGAUACGAUCCCCAUCGCGCUGGUGCAGUGCCCAUCCUCGGUUUCCGCAUGUACGACCAGAAGGGCAAUAUGCUGCAGGACCAGGACAUGGACCUGAAGCCCAAGUAUGGAGCAGAUUGCCUGGGGCAGAAGCGCUCGGAUUUCAGGGACGAGCUGAUGCGGCUGGCGACUGCUCCCUCAGCUGAGCUGGGGAUUGGAGGCGAGCCCACGAAGAUGGUGUUUAACAAUGCGGUUGUGGAGUUGGAUCCGGAUCAGGGUGUUGUCACGCUGGAAGACGGGUCGACGGCGACUGCGGAUGUCGUGAUCAUCGCCGACGGCGUCCACUCACGCUUCCGCACGACCAUCGUCGGCGCAGGCCACGAAGCCAAAAAGACGGGAAUGACCUGCUACCGCGUCGCAGUCUCCACCGAGGACGCGAAGAAAGCCCUUGGCGACCUGCCCCUGCCCGACUGGUGGGACCCCGCGACCUGCAACAACCGCUCCUCCAUGAUCUUCGCCGGCGACGGCUCGCCGCGCUUUAUCGUCACUUAUCCGCUUCGCCACCAAACGUACUUCAACCUCUCGUGUAUCUUGCAGACGCAGAACUCGAGCAAGAGUGCGACUGAGUCGUGGCAUGCGGAGGGCGAUCGGGGGAAGUUGCUCGAGGCGUUUGGCGAUUUCAACGAGCCGCUGAAAAGGAUUCUCGGCGCUGCAACCGAAAUCAAAGUCUGGGAACUGCAAGACCUCGACCCGCUCCCUUCAUGGGUGCGCGGCCGCGCCAUGCUAAUUGGCGACGCCGCGCACGCGAUGACGCCUAUGCACGGCCAAGGCGCCAACAUGAGCGUCGAGGACGCGGAAAGCCUGCGCCUUCUCGCGCCGGGCACGAGCCGCGCGGACGUGCCCCGGCUUCUUCGGCUGGCGGAGAGCGUGAGAAGACCGCGAGCUAAGAGGGUGCUGGAGGAUACGCGGAAGGCGCAUUUUGAGUUCAAGCAGGGUGUGCAGAUGGAUGAUGAGACGAUGGAUUUUGACUUUGGGUUUAGGUAUGAUGGGGUGUUUGAGGCGUUGAGGGAGAGGGAGAGGGAGAGUGGGGGAGGGGAUCGAAGGUGA